AUGAUUCUGUGGAGCGCGUGGAUUUGGGUUUGCGUCCUGCUCAACAACGCGCCGCACUCGGCAGGCUUGGAACUCCACCUCACGGAGUCUUUACAAGCCGGGCAUGUCUUGGCGAACUUGUCCAUAGGACCGGGCUGGACUUACAAUGUUGACAGGAGUUUAUCUCAAGAAUCCAUGUGGAGUUUUUUCCAAGUGGGGAAGCAUAGUGGGGUUAUCAAACUGGCAAGAACUGUGGAGUGUAAGCGCAUAUUGUGGAACCCCGCGCGUGUGUAUUUUAGGACCAGCUCAUUGACUUCUGAAGACAUCAUUCUGACACAUUUGAAUGUGUUCGUCCAUGGACAGGACUGUUUUAUCAAAUACAGGAGAAAGAGUUCACAAAUUAAACCUGAUAUUCACAUUAAGCACACUUUCAAAUUGGAGAAUACUUCUUGCAUUCGUUUCGGAGCGCUUCUGUUUAACGCUACAGAAUAUUUACCUUCUUUCACACGGAGUACCGCUUUUUUGGACACUAUGUGUGUUGGACAACAUGUCGCCGCACUGCUUAGGCGUGGAGCUUUGUUUCUUGCCAAUGACUUGUGUCCGGAGAGCAUGAGAGCACAGCCUGAAGUGGAUUUGGAAUGUCCUGUGAACACCUCUGAAGGUGAUGGUCUCAGUCUGCUGUUCACUUUGCGCUUCGGAUCUGCGCCGGAAUCCAUUCAGGGAAAUGCCAGUGAGUCCACCCGUAGAGGUAAGCGGCAGGUGAAUGCUUCCCCGAUGUUCCAGCUCCCCAACUACCAAGUGUCAGUGCCUGAAAAUGAGCCAGCCGGGACGCAGGUCAUCACCCUCAAAGCCACCGACCCAGAUGAUGGCGAGGCAGGAAGGCUAGAGUACAGCAUGGAAGCUUUGUUCGACAGUCGAUCCAAUGACUUUUUCACAAUCGACUCUCAGACGGGUAGCAUAACAACCAUUCAGGCUUUGGACAGAGAAGUAAAAGAUACACAUGUUUUUAAAGUGACGGCGAGUGAUAAUGGCACGCCGCGAAGACACGCCACUUCUUACCUGACUGUCACUGUGAGUGACACCAACGAUCAUAGCCCAGUGUUUGAGCAGUCCGAGUAUAGAGUUAGCAUCAGGGAGAAUGUAGAAGUGGGGUUUGAAGUGAUGACUAUCCGUGCCACCGAUGGGGAUGCCCACGCCAACGCGAACAUGAUCUAUAAAAUAGUCAACGGCGACGGCGUCAACUCCGUCUUUGAGAUCGACCCACGGAACGGCCUGGUGAGGAUCAGAGAGCGGCCCGACAGGGAGACCCGGGCGCAGUACCGGCUGACUGUUGAGGCCAACGACCAGGGGAAAGACCCAGGUCCCCGCCGGGCGACUGCCACCGUCCACAUCUCUGUCGAGGAUGAAAACGACAACUACCCUCAAUUCAAAGAAAAGAGGUACGUCGUGCAGGUCCAAGAGAACGUAGCCAUCAACACCAAAGUCAUCCAAGUCGAAGCAACGGACAAAGACGAGGGGAAUAACGCGAAAGUUCACUACAGCAUCAUUAGCGGCAAUGUUAAAGGGCAGUUCUACAUUCAUUCUCCUACUGGUGUAAUUGAUGUUAUCAACCCGCUGGACUAUGAGAUGAUUCGGGAGUAUAAUUUGCGAAUCAAAGCGCAGGACGGCGGCAGACCUCCGCUGAUCAACGGCACUGGGAUGGUGGUUGUCCAAGUGGUGGACAUGAACGACAAUGCCCCCAUGUUUGUCAGUACACCUUUCCAGGCGACCGUAUUGGAGAAUGUCGCCAUCGGCUACUCCGUCAUCCACAUUCAAGCAAUAGACAGCGAUUCAGGGGAGAAUGCUCGACUGGAAUACCGUCUGACGGACACCGUUCCCGGUUUUCCGUUCACCAUCAGCAACAGCACAGGGUGGAUUACAGUUAGUGAAGAGUUGGACCGGGAGACCACAGAGUUCUACAGCUUCGGGGUGGAGGCGAGGGAUCACGGCGUUCCCGUGAUGUCUUCCUCGGCUAGCGUUAGCAUAACUGUGCUUGACGUAAAUGACAACGUGCCCACAUUUUCAGAGAAAAUCUAUUCGCUGAAGAUCAACGAGGACGCCGUAGUGGGGACAAGUGUGCUCACGGUGACUGCUCUUGACCGCGAUGUCAACAGUGUGGUGACCUACCAGAUCUCCAGCGGGAACACCAGGAACCGCUUUGCUAUCACUAGCCAGAGCGGCGGUGGCCUCAUCACCCUUGCUCUCCCUCUGGACUACAAACAGGAACGCCAAUAUGUACUGACAGUCACCGCCAGCGAUGGAACCCGUUCAGACACCGCACAGGUGUUUAUUAAUGUCACGGAUGCCAACACGCAUCGGCCCGUCUUCCAAAGCGCGAACUACCAGGUGACGCUCAGUGAGGAACAACCAGUCGGUUCCACUGUGGUGACAAUCAGUGCGACAGAUGAGGACACGGGAGAAAAUUCUCGCAUCACGUAUAUUAUAGAGGACAGCGUCCCUCAGUUUAAAAUCGACCCUGAUUCUGGUGCCAUCACUACCCAAAUGGAAAUUGACUAUGAAGACCAGGCUUCUUUCACGCUGGCCAUCAUCGCUAAAGACAAUGGCAUCCCACAAAAAUCCGACACCACCUACGUGGAGAUUAUCAUCCUGGAUGCUAACGAUAACGCUCCUCAGUUCCUCCGAGACAUGUACCAAGGGAACGUAUUUGAGGAUGCCCCUGUCUACACUAGCGUACUCCAGAUAUCUGCCUCAGAUAGAGAUUCUGGCUCCAAUGGCAGACUAACCUACACGUUCCAGGGCGGUGAUGAUGGAGACGGGGACUUCUUCAUCGAGCAGUAUUCUGGGAUCAUCAGAACCGCUCGCAAACUGGACCGGGAGAACGUUCCUGUGUAUGAACUCAAGGCCUAUGCUGUCGACAGGGGGGUUCCGCCUUUAAAAGCAGCUGUUUCUAUACAUGUGGUAGUUCAGGACAUUAAUGACAACGCUCCGGUGUUUGAAAAGGAUGAGCUUUUCAUCGAUGUGAAGGAAAACAGUCCAGUCGGGUCCGUUGUGGCCCGAAUCACUGCCACAGACCCAGAUGAGGGCACAAACGCUCAGAUUAUGUAUCAGAUAGUCGAAGGGAACUUCCCAGAGAUUUUCGAGCUGGACAUUUUCAACGGGGACCUCGUUUCCCUCAUCGACCUGGACUAUGAGACUAAAACCGAGUAUGUCAUUGUGGUACAGGCCACCUCGGCGCCGCUCGUGAGCCGGGCCACCGUGCACAUCCGCCUAGUGGACCUGAAUGACAACCUACCUGUGCUGAAGGACUUUGACAUUAUUUUCAACAACUACGUCACCAACAAGUCCAACAGUUUUCCAUCUGGAAUAAUCGGAAGGGUACCUGCUCACGACCCGGACGUGUCGGAUAAGUUGCGGUACGUGUUUGUGUCUGGAAACGAGCUCAAUCUUUUGCUGUUGAACGAGGACACAGGAGAUCUGCGGCUGAAUAAGGCCCUGGACAACGACAGGCCUCUCGAGGCGCCCAUGAUCAUCUCCGUCACAGAUGGUAUCCACACUGCCUUUGCCCGUUGCACUCUCCGCGUCACCAUCAUCACUGACGACAUGCUGACCAACAGCAUCACUGUGCGCCUGGAGAACAUGUCCCAAGAGCGCUUCCUGUCGCCAUUGCUCGGCCUCUUCGUGGACGGCGUGGCGGCGGUUCUCUCCACUAGGCGUGACGCCAUCUUCGUGUUCAACAUCCAGAACGACACGGAUGUGCAGGGUUCCAUCCUUAAUGUCACCUUUUCGGCAAUGCAGCCUGGGGGAGGGCCUGGAAAGGGGACAUUCUUUCCGUCAGAAGAACUGCAGGAGCAGAUCUAUCUGAACAGGACUCUGCUCCGGAUCAUAUCCUCUCAGGAGGUUCUGCCAUUUGAUGACAACAUCUGUCUCCGAGAACCCUGCGAGAACUACAUGAAGUGCGUUUCCGUCCUCAAGUUUGAUAGUUCGCCCCCCUUCAUCGCGUCCGACACGGUCCUGUUCCGGCCUAUACACCCCAUCAACGGGCUGCGUUGUCGCUGUCCGGUGGGCUUCACGGGCGACUACUGCGAAACGGAGAUCGACCUUUGCUACUCUGGGCCGUGCAAGAACAAUGGACGCUGCCGCAGUCGAGAGGGCGGCUACUCUUGCGAAUGCCUGGAAGAUUUCACCGGCGAACACUGCGAGGUGAACGCCUCGUCGGAUAGCUGCGUACCAGGUGUGUGCAAGAACGGUGGCGAAUGCGUGAACCGGCUUGCCGGCGGCUUUUUGUGCCAGUGUCUGCCAGGCGAGUAUGAGAAGCCAUACUGCGAGAUGACCACGCGCAGCUUCCCCGGACAGUCCUUCGUCACUUUUAGGGGCUUGCGGCAAAGGUUCCACUUUACCAUAUCUCUCAUGUUCGCUACAAGAGAACGAAAUGCCCUGCUUCUCUACAAUGGCCGAUUUAAUGAAAAACACGACUUCAUCGCUUUGGAAAUCAUUGACGAGCAGGUCCAACUCACCUUCUCUGGAGGUGAGACUAAGACCACUGUGUCUCCGUUCAUCCCGGGUGGUGUCAGUGAUGGCCAAUGGCAUUCCGUGCAACUCCAUUACUACAACAAGGACGGGGGGAGUCUGGUGGACUCCAGCGGGCUUGUGCGGCUUCCCCUCUAUACUGCCUGGCAGGAGCUAAUGCAGAAGGAGCCAAACAUUGGGCGUCUGGGGAUCCCCCACGGACCCUCCGAGGAGAAAGUGGCGGUGGUCGCCGUGGACGACUGCGACAUAUCCAUGGCGAUUCGAUUCGGGAAGCAGAUCGGAAACUACUCGUGCGCCGCCCAGGGAACACAGACUGGACAGAAGAAGUCGUUGGAUUUAACCGGCCCGCUGUUGCUCGGCGGUGUUCCCAACCUGCCCGAGGAUUUCCCGGUACGGAACCGAGACUUCGCGGGCUGCAUGAGGAACCUCAGCAUCGAUAGUCGGCCUGUCGACAUGGCUGGUUUCAUCGCUAAUAACGGCACCACCGCAGGAUGUCCUGCGAAAAGAAACUUCUGCACACCGAGUGUGUGUCUGAAUGGAGGCGUGUGUGUCAGCAAAUGGAACACAUACAGUUGCGACUGUCCGACUGGGUAUGGGGGCAAGAACUGUGAACAAGUGAUGCCGUCGCCUCAGUUCUUCGACGGCAGAGCGCUGGUCUCGUGGAGCGAGCCGGACGUCACCAUCGCGAUCCCUUGGUACAUGGGCCUCAUGUUCCGGACACGGCAACCAGCGGGAACCUUAAUGCAAGCCAAUGCUGGUUCCUCCUCCACCAUUAGCCUGAUGGUGAGCGAGCAACAGGUGCGAAUGGAGGUGUUGCAAAGGGAAGAGAUGGUGGCGUCGCUGAGUUUUCCGCAAGUUCGGGUCAACGACGGAGAGUGGCACCACCUUCUGGUCGAGCUGAGAAGCGUGAAAGACGGCAAGGCUAUCAGAUACGUAGCCGCCGUGUCCUUGGACCACGGCAUGUACAAGAAAUCAGUCGUGAUUGGCAACGACCUGCCCGGUUUGAAGCUUCAAACGCUUCAUGUCGGAGGUUUGCCAGGAGAGGACAACCACGUCAAGAAAGGAUUCGUUGGCUGCAUACAAGGCGUCCGAAUGGGCGAAACAGCGACCAACUUGGCCAAUGUGAUCAUGUCUCGCGGCUUAAAAAUCCGCGUGGAGGAGGGCUGCGACCUGUCCGAUCCGUGCGACGCUAACAUCUGCCCCGAGAACAGCCACUGCAGCGACGAAUGGACUACGCACACGUGUGUCUGCGACCCAGGCUAUUUCGGUAAAGAGUGCGUCGACGCUUGCCAACUCAACCCGUGCGAGCAUGUUUCCACCUGUGCUCGCAAGCCCAGUUCUUCCCAUGGCUAUACUUGCGAGUGCGGUCACAACUACUAUGGACAGUACUGUGAAAACAAGAUCGAGAAGCCGUGUCCGCAAGGUUGGUGGGGAAGUCCAAUGUGCGGACCCUGCGGCUGCGAUACAAGCAAAGGGUUUUAUAACGACUGCAAUAAGACGACGGGAGAGUGUCGCUGCAAGGAGAACCAUUACCGCCCAGAGGGGAGCGACACCUGCUAUCCGUGUGACUGCUUCGCUCUCGGUUCCGAAUUUCGAACCUGCGACCCGGUCACCGGGCAGUGCCCCUGCAAGGGUGGAGUCAUCGGUCGCCAGUGCAAUCAAUGUGACAACCCUUUCGCUGAAGUUACACUCAAAGGAUGUGAAGUGGUGUAUGAAGGUUGCCCCAAAGCGUUCGACGCCGGCAUUUGGUGGCCCAAGACGCAGUUCGGACGUCCGGCCGCCAUGAACUGUCCCAAAGGAUCUGUGGGUACUGCUAUUCGCCACUGCAGUGACGAGAAAGGCUGGUUGUCCCCCGAGCUUUUCAACUGCACAACCGCCUCCUUCGCUCAGCUCACAAAACUGAAUGAAGAGCUGCGUCGGAACAGCUCCAGGAUGGACGCCGAGCACUCCAAGACAAUCGCGCGCCUGCUCCAAAGCGCCACUAACGAUACCAGAGCCUACUACGGCAACGAUGUGAAGACAGCCGCCCAGCUGCUGAACCACGUUUUGAGUUACGAGAGCCGGCAGGCGGGGUUAGACCUGACCGCCGCGAGGGAUGCGGAAUUCAAUGAGAAUUUGGUUCGAGCUGGAAGUGCCAUUCUGGAUCCGGACACUAAAGCGCACUGGGAACAAAUCCAGAAAACAGAAGGCGGCACUGCUCACCUGCUUCGGAAUUUUGAGGACUAUGCUAAUACUCUUGCGCGGAACGUGAGGAAAACCUACCUGAAACCCUUCACUAUAGUUACAGACAACAUGAUUUUAUCAGUGGACUACCUGGAUGUGUCAGACCCCCUGAAAGCGACGUUCCCCCACUUCCAGGACAUCCAAGAAGAAUAUUCAGGAGAUCUCGGGUCCUCCGUGCACUUCCCACACUUCAACUUACUGCGUCAACGGCACAAAGUAGAACCCACUACGCCACCUGCAAUGCAGACUGAGACCCCUUUGGUGGAAGGUCACACGAGUCGCCGCAAUCUUGAACCGCCGAUUCAUCUACCGGUUGCUGUGGUGAUAGUGUACAAAUCGCUAGGGAAGCUGCUUCCGGAAAGAUUUGACCCUGAUCGCAGGAGUCUAAGGGUACCGAACCGCCCUGUCAUCAACACAGCAAUCGUGAGCGCCACAGUCCACAGCGAGGGUCCCCCUCUGCCGUUGGUUCUGGACCCUCCUAUUACUCUGGAGUACUCACUACUUGAGACAGAGGAAAGGACCAAGCCCGUCUGCGUCUUCUGGAACCACUCCAUUGCGAUCGGUGGUACGGGCGGUUGGUCCUCAAAAGGUUGCGAAGUGCUCGAGAGGAACAAUAGCCAUAUUAGCUGUCAGUGUAACCACAUGACUAGCUUUGCCGUGCUCAUGGACGUGUCCAAGAGAGAGCACGGUGACGUCCUCCCUCUGAAAAUCGUCACCUACGCCACCGUCUCCGUCUCGCUAUUCCUGCUCCUGCUCACCUUGAUCCUGCUUUGCAUUCUGCGUCGACUGCGCUCCAACCUGCACGUCAUCCACAGGAACCUGGUGGCAGCGCUCUUCUUUUCCGAGCUCGUCUUCCUGCUCGGCAUCAAUCAGACGGAGAACCCGUUCGUGUGUACGGUCAUAGCCAUCCUCCUGCACUACUUCUACAUGUGCACCUUCGCGUGGAUGUUUGUGGAAGGCCUCCACAUCUACCGCAUGCUGACCGAGCUGCGGAACAUCAACCACGGACACAUGAGGUUCUACUACGCCAUAGGCUGGGGGAUUCCGGCCAUCAUCACAGGUCUGGCUGUUGGACUGGACCCUCAAGGCUACGGGAACCCGGAUUUUUGCUGGCUGUCCGUGCACGACACGCUCAUUUGGAGCUUUGCCGGACCCAUAUUUGUUGUCGUCUUGGUUAACAUCGUGAUCUUCAUCUUGGCUGCGAAGGCUUCCUGUGGUCGCAGGCAGAAGGCGGUUGAGAAGUCCGGCGCUAUCCCAGCACUUCGCAUGGCCUUCAUCCUGCUGCUCCUCAUCAGCACCACCUGGCUGUUAGGUCUCAUGGCAGUCAACAGCGACGUGCUUACCUUCCAUUAUUUAUUCGCUGGCUUCAGUUGUCUGCAGGGCGUGUUCAUCUUUUUCUUCCACAUUAUUUUCAACAAAGACGUCAGGAAGCAUCUCAAGAACGUCCUCACAGGGAAGAAGAACCUCCCAGAGGAGGCGGGUACCACGCGGGCCUCUUUGCUCACUCGCUCACUCAACUGCAACAACACGGACGACGGUCACAUGUAUCGCGCGGCCAUGGGCGACUCUAUCAUCUCCUUGGACAGCACGUUCAGGUCAGGAAAGAGUCGCAGCAGCUACCUCGCUUACGCGCUCAGGGAGGAGUCAGGCCUCAAGCCCAGCAUCUCCUCAGGGACGGCCAAAGGACACACUGAUCUGGACGGGCCUCUCUUCCACAGAAGUGGCUCCAAGGCGGACGACUCCGACACGGACAGCGAGCUUUCGUUGGACGAGAACAGCUCUUCGUACGCUUCGUCUCACUCGUCGGACAGCGAGGACGACGACGUGGACGUCAAACCCAAGUGGAACAAUGAAAGACAGCCGGUUCAUAGUUCGCCCAAAGGUAGAGGUCCGGUUGACUCUGUGUCCAAUCACGUGGCCCCGUACUGGCCGACGGACGCCACCACGGCCAGCGACAGCGAAGACCCCGGCGCUCCGGAGAAGCUUCGGGUUGAGACCAAGGUUAACGUCGAGCUGCACCCGGAGAACAAGAUCAACCACAUGGUCGAACGGGAUCGAGAGACGCCUCAGGAUGGAGACAAGCAGGCGAGCGGGAACGCCAAGGAAGCGAUGACGCCGAUUUCUCAGACUAACAGCAACCAGCAACCGGAACAGAGAAAAGGUAUCCUGAAGAACAAAAUCAGCUACCCGCCCCCUUUAACCGACAAAAACAUGAAGAACCGUCUCCGAGAAAAGCUGAGCGACUACAACUCCCCUACCAUUACCUCGCCACCGCCUAAUUACAACACCGCCACGUCCCCGUCCCCCGUCAACAACAUGGCGCCGUCGUCCCGCCGGCCCUCGUCGGCCUCCAACGACGGUAACCGCCCUAGUAACAACGGAAACGGGUCCCUGGUAAAACCGCCCGUCGCUCCUCGGCCGCAGAUCGCCGUCGGCACAUUGCCGGCGGGCGUCUACCGCGACGCUAACGGCGGGAUGGCCAUGCACUUGAAGUCUGGGACGGUCAACGGCAGCAACGGCACUGACUCAGAGUGA